AGCAGCGAAGGGAAACGGGGAGGGAGGAGGGAGGUGUGGCCUCAGAGGGUGACAGCCGCGGGGCGGGGCCCAGGGAGCUUGUCAGCGCGAGGCCAGGCCGUUUGGUUCAUCAGUGAGUGGAGGAGUGCGCGCGGGACUGAGCGAGUGGCUGCAGCAACCGCGAGCUUCGGAAUCCAGAGGAAGCACCAGCGAGAGGGCAGGAGCUGAAGAGAAGGAGAGCCCCCGCAGCCGCCGCCAAGCGAGGAGCGGCCUGGGCCGGCGGCGAGGAAAAAGGAGGGGGGGGGAAGGAAGGAAGGAAAGAAGGCGGGCGCCUGUGCGAGGGGCUACGUGAGGGCAGCCGGCGAGUGGGUGGGGCCUCGCUCGCUGUAUCUUCGCCGCCGCGGCUGCUGGUUGGAGGAAGCCUCUUCCUUCUUCUCUCUCCUCCGCCCGCUGACGACCCCUUGCGCUUCUCCCUUCCCUGUGACCCGGCGGGGAUGGCGGUGCUGGAUCUGGCCCUGGAGGGACUCGCCAUCUUCGGGCUCAGCCUCUUCGUGAUGCUGUGGCUCAUGCACUUCAUGUCCAUCAUCUACACGCGUCUUCAUCUCAACAAGAAAGCAACAGACAAACAACCAUAUAGCAAGCUUCCAGGUGUUUCACUUCUGAAGCCUCUAAAGGGUGUUGAUCCGAAUCUCAUCAACAAUUUGGAAACCUUCUUUGAGCUGGAUUAUCCAAAAUAUGAAGUACUUCUUUGUGUACAAGACCAUGAUGAUCCUGCCAUCGAUGUUUGUAAAAAGCUCCUUGGCAAAUAUCCCAAUAUUGACGCAAGACUAUUUAUAGGUGGUAAAAAGGUUGGGAUUAAUCCAAAGAUCAACAAUUUAAUGCCUGCAUAUGAAGUUGCCAAGUAUGACCUCAUAUGGAUCUGUGACAGUGGCAUUAGAGUAACGCCAGAUACGCUAACUGAUAUGGCCAAUCAAAUGACAGAAAAAGUUGGACUGGUCCAUGGCUUGCCCUAUGUGGCAGAUAGACAGGGCUUUGCUGCCACUCUAGAACAGGUAUAUUUUGGCACUUCCCAUCCAAGAACAUAUAUUUCUGCCCAUGUAACUGGUUUCAAAUGUGUAACGGGAAUGUCUUGUUUGAUGAGAAAAGAUGUCUUGGACCAAGCUGGAGGACUUAUAGGAUUUGCACAGUACAUUGCUGAGGAUUACUUUAUGGCCAAAGCAAUAGCUGACAGAGGCUGGAAAUUUGCAAUGGCCACACGAGUUGCGAUGCAGAACUCUGGUUCCUAUUCCAUUUCCCAGUUUCAAUCCAGAAUGAUCAGAUGGGCCAAGCUACGGAUCAACAUGCUUCCAGCUACAAUAAUCUGUGAGCCAAUCGCAGAGUGCUUUGUUGCAAGUUUAAUUAUUGGAUGGGCAGUUCACCAUGUGUUCAAAUGGGAUAUAAUGGUAUUUUUUAUGUGUCACUGUUUGGCAUGGUUUAUCUUUGACUACAUUCAACUCAGGGGUGUCCAGGGUGGUGCUCCAUGUUUUUCAAAACUUGACUAUGCAGUAGCAUGGUUCAUCAGAGAAUCUAUGACGAUAUACAUCUUCCUCUCAGCCUUGUGGGAUCCUACUAUUAGCUGGAGGACAGGACGCUACAGGUUACGUUGUGGAGGCACUGCAGAGGAGAUCCUUGAUGUAUAGCUGUAGCGUUGUGACUGUGUAUCAAGAAAAGAAACAAAAAAAGGAGAAAAAGUAUUAUAAAUUAUGUUUAUAUAAAUGCUUUUAAAAGAUCUACCUUCAAUAGUUUUAUUACCUGUAUGUUUUCAUAUCUGUUCUUUAAUUUAUUUUGCAUGACACUUGCAUCUGUGAAAAAUGUACAUCUGUAGUCUUGGCCAAAUGGUACCUUUAUUUCGUAUACAAAAUCAAAUCAAGAGAAUUGGUUCCAAGAUUCAUUUUCCGUAGGAAUGUUCUGCAGCAAACAGUUUUUCUUUCAGUAUAGUAAAAGGCUCUCUGAUAUAGGUUGUCCAUGUGAAUUGUUAAUCAAAGGAUAUAAUUGACUGGGAACAACUUCUGGGAGGUACGCAAGGGCAGAGCUAUGAAUUUGUCCAAAUAGCCUUCUGGUCAUUGGAUUGUAUCUAUUGAAAGACCAACAACUUUUAAUAGAAGUACAGUUAGCUUUGGAAACCACAAGCGCUGGGGCACAAGGAGAGAAGCUUUCUAGAUUAUCUAAAUGCCUACCUCUUGAGGUUGCUGCAGAGCAACUAUAAAUAAAUAGGUGACUAGGCCAUGUGCGCGUGCACACACGUACACACACAAACACGAAAGUGGGGUGUGUGUGUUUGUGUACACAUAUAAACAAACUAAUUUUGGCCUCAUUGCAGUGAGCCAAAAAUGGACAGAGUUGAUGUGGCUGUGGGAAGAAUUAAUGGUUAGGUAUGCCUAGAGGGCAUCUUUUGGCCAACUCUAAUUGGUUCUGUCUUGAACCAUUUUUAAUCACUGUGCUGUAAUUAGCUAGGCUAAUCUCCUUCAUUUUCAUCUUUGUUUUUUUAAAGGGGUGUUUCUGUUUCCAUGUGAGUGAAUGUUUGAUAGUUAUAGGGGAGGGGGAAUACAUUUCAGAAACAUUUCACACAUUAACUAUUUUCUUACACAGUCUGUUCUUAAGAAUGUAAUUUCAUGAUGCAGGUGUUUAGUAUAUUUUUAAGUGGGCAUAGGUCUGUCUCUCCACUAGUCAUCCUUAACUAUCAAAUUGCAAUAGAUACUUGUCAGUAUAUUAAAAAGGCAAGUUGAGUUUGCUGUUACUGAUAUUAAAUUGUAAGCUUUAACUAUCAAACUAGUUCUACUCUGCUUUUUUCCUUCUUCGGUUAAUCUAGUCUUUCAACUGGGUUUUUGUAUUCAAAUUGUAAUGGCUAAAAAAGACUAGAUUAUAACCAAGUUGUAAAUGCAUGCAGUCUCUUACCCUCUCUCUUCCUAUUUCUUUUUUCUGCAACCUUGCUGUGGGAUGGCUCUUAAUGUGGUGAACUGGACUUGGUUAAAGCACACUGAUCACAAAGCAAAACUGAGAAGGGCACUGCAUAAGCCUUUUGUGUUUUUUAUAAUGUAUUUUUGCUGCUUUUUCUUCCAAAUGGGCAUGGCAUGUUAUCACUAUAACAGUCUCUUGCUAAGUGCAUUGCCAAUAUGGCAGCUUUAAAUUCUAAGUUAUAACACUUCUGUGACAAAAAGCAUAAUGUGUAGCAUAUUAGCAAUAACUAUGAGUAUUUACAGAAAAGGACAGUUUUCCAGUUUACUGAGCCAGUCCAUUGUCUGGUGUACACACACAAUGUAAAGUAAUAGUGUGCAUGCAGACACAUCCAAUGAAACAUUACCCCAGACUCAAAUCCUUCAUACCAUGUCCACUUUGUUUGCCUUAUGACAUUACAGAAUUUGUUUUGAAGGGCAUCUUUCUUCAUGAACAAAGGCAAUGCGUGUUCCAUUCUUCAUAUGUGAAUCAGGAAGAACUGCUUUUUGGGGAAAGUUACACAGUGCAAACCUGUCUGGUUAUGACCCACUCAAGCUUAUUUUUUAUCUUCAUUGCUGUUUAAUUUUGCUUAUAAUGUUUGUAUUUUUAUUUUGUGGAGUUUGGUUGAUGCCAUCUGUUGCACUGCUAAAGUGAAGCUUUGCUGUAUAGCUUGAUGCUGAUCACCAUGUGAGCAGUGUAACAGAAAAACCAAAGGCUGGACAGACUUCAGUGUGUGUGUGUAUGUGUGGUUUUUUUUAAUGUGUCGUAGCUAUGAAGAAUUACUUAAAUAUAUAUAUAUAUUGCAUUAGUGAAACCUUUAUCAUUAAAGGAAACUGAUGCUUCACUUAAGUGAGCAACUUGAUUUCUUAUAUAAGAAGUCUGGGUUGAUUAUGAAAUGGAAAUAAAUACUUUGCAAAUAUUGUAGGAGGGUACUGUGACAGAGCAGAACAAAGGUUCAAAAUGGCUAAUUUAAAAUUUGUCUAUCAACAUGUCAAGUAUACCAUGUUUAUUUAAAAUCAUUGUCUUGUUUUUGUUUAAAAAUAAAUUUUGAAUACAAUCAA